GAGAGUGGGCUGUGUUUUCCUGGUUUCCACAGGCUCUUAAACCCACCCGUGAACAGAACACAGUGACACUCCUCUGUCUGUCAACUUCACCCACAGUCGGAAGAGAAACCAGGAUGAAACUACAACCUGAGUGUAUUUCCGCCAUUACUGAGUCCGUCCCCGUUUAGAACAGACACUUCCUAAAAGUCUGACAGAGCCGUGGGUGCCUCUGAGGACACCCGAGACCUGCGUGGAUCCCCGGUACAGACACCCAAAGGCGGACCGGUACCGACUCACCUGUCCGAACUGUCCGACCCGGAACCAGCUCCAGGUGCAGCGGGUCGAGUCCCCGCAGAGGUUCACUGUCCUCCAGACAGCAGCUGGAGCUUGGGUUGGGUUAGCUGAGUAGGCCAAAUGUUUACUGAGCGACCCACUGACUCAAACCCCCAAGGAUUUACCGGAUUAUUGAGUCAUAUUUACACUUCAGCAACAAAACAGUCCGACUGCAACAACAGGCUACAGUAUGUCGGGGAUGACAGCCAGCACAGCAAACUAUCUGUGGUCUUUAACAGACAUCCUGGGCCAAGGAGCUACUGCCAGUGUCUAUAAAGCACGAAACAAGCGGACAGGUGAGCUCGUAGCCGUCAAGGUGUUCAAUGUGGUGAGCUACAACCGCCCACAUGAGGUGCAGAUGAGAGAGUUUGAGAUGCUGAGGAAGCUCAACCACGGCAACAUCGUCAAACUCUUCACGGUGGAAGAGCUGCCCACGAAACAGAAGGUCCUGGUAAUGGAGUAUUGUUCAGGAGGAAGUUUGCUCAGCCUGUUGGAAGAGCCAGAAAAUGCAUUUGGAUUGGCUGAAACUGAAUUCCUUACUGUACUUCAGUGUGUAGUUCAGGGGAUGAAUCAUCUGCGGGAAAAUGGAGUUGUACACCGGGACAUUAAACCAGGCAACAUCAUGCGGCAGGUCGGCGAGGACGGCAAGUCUGUUUAUAAGCUGACUGACUUUGGAGCAGCGAGAGAGCUGGAGGAUGAUGAGAAGUUUAUGUCUAUUUACGGAACGGAAGAGUAUUGGUAACAUCCUGACAUGUUUGAGCGAGCUGUGCUGCGUAAGCCUCAUCAGAAGUCCUAUGGAGUGAGUGUAGAUCUGUGGAGUAUCGGGGUGACGUUUUACCACACUGCCACUGGGAGUCUUCCCUUCACUCCGUAUGGUGGACCACGCAGGAACAAACCCACCAUGUUCAAAAUAACUACAGAGAAGCCCAUGGGGGCCAUAGCUGGAAUACAGCGUGUGGAAGACGGGCCCAUAGAGUGGAGCUACCACCUACCCCACAGCUGCCAACUGUCCCAGGGUCUCAGAGUCCAGCUGGUUCCAAUACUAGCAGGUGUACUAGAGGCUGACCAGGAGAGGUGUUGGGGUUUUGACCAGUUCUUCACUGCUACUACAGAUAUACUGCAGCGUCAGCCAGUUCACCUCUACUGUCUGCAACAGGCCAUGGCACACAGCAUUUACAUACACCGCCACAAUACGGUGUCUGUCUUCCAUGAGGAGGUAGCAUCUCAGACUGGUAUAGGAGUUCAGCAACAGCAUCUCCUCUACCUGGGUCAUGACCUCCCCCUGGAGGGCAACAUGAAGGUUGUUAACCUUCCAUCUACUAAACCUUCUCGUCCACUUAUUCUGCUGAGCUUUGCACCAGAAUCCAACACCAGUCUGCCUUUUAGAGAACCAGAGACUCCUGUCAUCCCAUCUAGGUUUGAUGUUUUGGCAGACUACAAUUUUUCUAAGGUGAUAGUGGGAGUGGUGCAUCAGUAUGUGAGAAUAGUGAAGUUGUUGCACACACACAGAGAGCUGCUGCUGCAAGGAUAUUACAGCUACAUGAUGAGGUUGCGCAGAGACUGUGGAGAAGCCAUGCACAGUAUUGCAAAUAUCACCAUCAGACUGCAGUCCUGUUUCGGUGUAGAACACAGGAUUCGCAUGCUAGGCCGUAAUGCUUCAGACUCUGCUGAUGACAGUCAGAAGCUGCAGCUGGUCCAUCAGCACCUGCCUGUAUACUCUGGGGGCAUCCAGGAGUUUCAGGACCGUCUGGACCACCUGCUGAUAGAACAGGCCAAGCUGACAGAGACUCUGUCCAACGACAAGAGCUGUCAGAAGAUGGAGAUGCUGCUCAAGAAGAUAAUGACAAUCCAUCAGCACUACCGUAAAGACAGAAUGACAGGCAAGCUGGCAUAUAAUGACGAGCAAAUCCACAAAUUUGAGAAAAUCCACCUGUCGUCCCACAUUAAGCGAAUGAAAUCUCUCUUCAGAGAGGACUGCAUACAGAGAUACAAAGAGCUUUUGGCCUCAACCAGGACAUGGAGCAGUAUUUUACUGGAGAUGCACACCCGACUGCAGGACUUCAGCUCCUUCUCCACAGGCCUGUUGGCUGAUCUGGACAUGUGUGAGCAGCGGCACAAUAAGGCUCUGGACCGGAUCCUGUACACUCUACAGUCUGAGAAAACAGGCCAUCAGCCCAUAAUCACACCCAAGGACAAAGACCAUAUGGUCUCUAGGAUGCACCAUCUGAAAGAGGAGAUGGAGAUUUUGGUCCGGGAACUACAGUGUAACAACAGCAUCAUAGAGAGUUUGGGAACUGUGAACUCCACAGCAGCUCUGGAGCCGAAUCUGACCCGACCAUCGACACUCUGACAAAUCCUGAAGCACAUCAACAACAUUUCCACACACUUUGACCCACAUACCCACCGGGCAGUAUGGAACAGCUCAGGAUUGUUUACUGGACCUUCCUUAGAGGCUGCAGUCUAUGUUACAUGAAGCGGAAGCAGCCAGAGACAAUCAAUAAAAUGUGAAUCUCAGUUUAGAUAUGAGAUGCACUGAAUGAAAAAGGAGGAAAUGCUACCGAUGGAUUUUAGUGCGUGUGUAUUUGUGUGUGUGUGUGCGUGUGUGUGUGUGUGUGUGUGUGUGGCAGCUGAGUACAGCAGUUCAAUACAAACCUCAUUAAUGCCUUUAGUGUUAUUGUAUUUCUAAUAGGCUCCCACAGUGAUGGACUGUCAGUAGAAACCAAACUGAAUGCCAAGUCAGCUGCUACAGUUUUUUUUUAUUUUUUUUUUUUAUUAAUAAUGUGGUUCUUUGUUUUCUAGAUGAACCGUUGCAUAUCCGGAGAACUUAAAUGACAAAUCUAACAAGAGUGACUGUAUGUUUUUUAUAUGUGUAUGCUUGUGUCACAUUUUUGGUUACAUGGGGUACUUUACUGUCUAAUCUAAUGCUUGAUCAUUCAAAUGGUUUGAUAUUUUGGGUCCAUUUGAGGUUUAUCAUUGUAAAUUCACUGUAUAAACACUGACUGGUUACAUCAUUGAUGGUCUAAAGUUUUCAUGCUACAUUUUACUAAGCCCUUGUUGAUGUUUUACUAAAAUGCUGUUAUUUCCUGCAUUUUAUCUGAGUCUACAUUGUUAAAGAAGAGAUGCAAUCAGGGGAAGUCAUCAGUCACCACAGGUUCUUCUUAAAAACAGGACAUGAGACAAACACAGUCAACAGAUAUAACAAAUUCAAAGUGUUAAAUGACAUUAUCAAGUGGUUCACACUGGGGAAACCCCAGCUGUCUCUUUUUGUGAAGGACUCGUGUGACAUAUGACGUAAGAUGCUUUUUAAAGGUAAUUUUAUUAGUCAUCUUGACUUUAGAUCUUGUACUUUCUUUUUUUGUCUGGAGAAAUUGUAUAUUAUAUCAUCUCAGCUGACAAAGUAAAAUAGGCUGGGAAAAAAAUGAAAAAGCUCCUUUACGUCCCAUCAUUCUGUACAAUUACAGCAUCCACAUACCGUACAUCUGAAGAUGAAUCACCAUGUUUUCAAAGUUAAUAAAUUCAGAAACAACAGGCAUAUUCACAUUUUAGCAAUGUAAGUUUCUACUUCUUCCUGCUCCUUUUCGACCACUAAAAUAUAGACUUGUUUGUACUUGAAGACAGAUUCUGUUCAUUUAAAUGUUAUUUUGUUUUAUUUUGUUUCUUUGUUUCAUUUGAAAUAAAUAAAUAAAAAUAUUCAUGAAUUAUUAAACAGUACAUACUGAAUUUACAUAAAAAUAAUGUAGGUUGGUUGAACUGGGCUCAGAAGAUGAAAUAUUUCUAA